GAGAAAGUACACUCCACUGUUGAUAUUUUGUUUCUUCGUCGUCCACACUAAAACCCUAAAAGACCCAUCUUUGUUUUUGUCUUUAGUCUCUCUGAAGCAAAAUCAAGAAUGGCGAUUAGUCCGUUGGCCCAGCUUAACGAGCUACGACUCUCUUCCUCGUUUCUUGCGACAUCCCAUUCGCUGCACAGUAGCAGAAUCAAUGGCGGCUUCUCAAAACGAAGGUCUAAGCCAACACGGUUGAGAUGCUCCUUCUCUCCGAUGGAGUCUGCGAGGAUUAAGGUGGUUGGUGUGGGCGGUGGUGGUAACAAUGCCGUCAAUCGCAUGAUUUCCAGCGGCUUACAGAGUGUUGAUUUCUAUGCGAUAAACACGGACUCUCAAGCUCUGUUACAGUCUUCUGCGCAGAACCCUCUUCAAAUUGGAGAGCUCCUAACUCGUGGCCUUGGGACUGGUGGGAACCCGCUUCUAGGAGAACAAGCUGCUGAGGAAUCUAAAGACGCAAUUGCUAAUGCUCUUAAAGGAUCUGACCUUGUUUUCAUUACUGCUGGUAUGGGUGGUGGCACUGGCUCUGGUGCUGCCCCUGUCGUUGCUCAGAUCUCCAAAGACGCCGGUUACUUGACCGUUGGUGUUGUUACCUAUCCCUUCAGCUUCGAAGGUCGUAAAAGAUCUUUGCAGGCACUUGAAGCCAUUGAGAAGCUUCAGAUGAACGUGGAUACCCUCAUCGUGAUACCAAAUGAUCGUCUCCUAGAUAUUGCUGAUGAACAGACACCUCUUCAGGAUGCGUUUCUCCUCGCGGACGAUGUUUUGCGGCAAGGAGUUCAAGGAAUCUCUGAUAUUAUUACUAUACCUGGACUGGUCAAUGUAGAUUUUGCGGAUGUGAAGGCGGUUAUGAAAGAUUCCGGAACUGCGAUGCUCGGGGUCGGUGUUUCUUCAAGCAAGAACCGAGCAGAAGAAGCAGCUGAGCAAGCCACUUUGGCUCCAUUGAUCGGAUCAUCCAUUCAAUCAGCUACUGGCGUCGUCUACAACAUCACCGGUGGAAAAGACAUUACUUUGCAGGAAGUGAACCGAGUAUCUCAGGUGCCACAAUCUUAACAACAAGAGAACAAAGGCAGUCACCAGAGGCAGUCUCCUGCAACUAUCAACACCAAAUCAUCUUCUCCCCGUAGAUUGUUCUUCUAGUAUCUUUUGUUUUUAAGCAUAUUCCUUUAUCAAAAAUGUAACGAUCUUAAGGCUCAAAUAUCAUUUACUUUUUGAGUUU